AUGGUCGCUAUAAUACCUCAUGCUUCCUUCAUUACAACUGAUCUAGUCCGGAAAACAAAGGGAAGCCAAAUACCAUCCAAGGAGGGUCGUAAGAUCAAUAUGAGGACUCAUGAAGCUGACCUGAGGGAGGAUGCUCGAGAACUUGAGUGGUUUUAUCCGAAUUUUGUUCAGAUAGUUAUACUGUUCGGCACUUUUUAUUAUGGUAUUGAAAGGCUUCAGCCGUGGUCUACAGAUGUCACUGGCACGUCUUAUAAAAAAAUCUUUGUAAACGCUUUUGUGGUGGGGUUGAUAAUGAUUGGGGUGAUCUUAAUCAAAUAUUGGCAACACGGCUCCAGAAGCAUACCCAAGUUCGACACCGUUUACAGUUUUUAUUUGCCUUUCAUGAUUUCAUUAUUGUUUGAUACACCCUCUACAACGAUAAACACCAUAUUGAUCCUUUCGGUAAUGAAUUCCUAUAAAUGGGACGUUCAAUUUUUGGUGAUAUUUUCGCAGUUCAGCCUCAUAUAUUUCAAUUUUGAGACUGGUGACAGAUUAGAAAAAAUUAUUGGCGUUAUAAUAAACUCUUUACUGUCGUCGAUUCUGAAACAUAUCGGGCAAUUGAAAAGCUUGGAUAAUAUUGACUCUAAUCUUUUUAGUAUCCUAUUGACGAACAUACUAUAUGUUUCUGAAGCGAAUUCCAUACAUUUUAGGGUUUUGAAGGGCAUUAUCCUCGCCCUGAUGACUACAAUCUCAACCAAUUAUAUUCUCAAAAAAAUAUUACACGUUAAGCCAUUUAUGCAGUCAAUAUUGUUCGCUGUUGGGCUUCCUGUUCUUUCAAAGACAUUCAUUCAUCUAGAAGAUGGACAAGAUCCGUUAUCAUGGCUGGUAGGGUAUGUCGUAGAAUCUACCACUCGUCAAAAGAUUUUGUUUGCUUGGUUCUCUAUACUACUGCUAUCCGUACCAAGUAUUUUGAUCGAAAAGGACAGUCUGUCGUUAAAUACCUCCCGAAAAGUGUGGCACUUCAUCAUAUUCUUACUUAUAGUGCCAUCAUUCCAAAUAGAUUCAAAUUUUGUGAAAAUUGCAUUGUCUGGAACAAUACCAGUCUUCUUAUCAGUUGAAUAUAUAAGGUUUCAAAACCUACCGCCUCUAGGAUCUCUAAUUGAACUACAACUUAGAAGGUUUGCGGAUGCCAGAGACCAUAGUGGGCCCCUGAUCAUAUCCUAUCUUUAUUUAUUAUUUGGAAUAUCGAUACCUUUGUUGGUGAAUGACUCGCCCAUGGGAUUAAUAGGUUUGGGAAUUGGCGAUUCUCUGGCAUCUAUUAUCGGUAAAAGAUAUGGUCAAAUUCGUUGGCGAGGUACCCAAAAGACUAUAGAGGGAACUCUUGCGUUCACCAUAACAAGUUUUAUUGUUUGUUUGGUAUUACUUUACUUUGAUAAAGCAAUCGUGUUUAGUCAUUUAACCGCUUUACAAUUGCUUUGUGUUUGUACAUUAAGUGGGGUAUUGGAAGGAAAUAGUGUGCUAAAUGAUAAUAUUUUGAUACCUGCAUUUAUGAUGAUUUGUGAAAAAUUGUUUACUCUUUGA